CUAGUCAUGGACUGGGUCCCCAAAUGCUGCCAUGAUACACUGGAGAGGUGCUUAUCCAUUUAUUUUGCAGCAGUUUGUUAAAUAGAUAGAAACCCAGUGCAAAAAUUUUUUCUAUUUUGGUAUUUUUGAAGGAACAUAAGUAGGGGUAGAUUCAUAAUCAAGCAUCAUAUUUCAUAUUUUUGCACCUUUGUUUACUACCUCAGUUUAGUAGAGACUUAUGGAAGUAAUCUUCUUGCCUUUUCUCUUUUUUUUCCCAUUUUUUCCUUUAGAAUUGCCAAAAUGCUUUGGAAUUCUUAAACGAUUCAAAAACUGAAGUCUCUGAGGAUACAAAAUCAUAAGAACACAAGAAGCAGCAAGGAGGAUUCAGUGCCAAUGCAGCAACAAAAAAGACAGCCAGAGUUAGUGGAAGGAAAUCUUCCUGUUUUUGUUUUUCCUACAGAACUUAUAUUUUAUGCAGAUGACCAGUCAACACACAAGCAGGUGUUGACUCUAUAUAACCCCUAUGAGUUUGCCUUAAAAUUCAAAGUUCUUUGUACAACUCCAAAUAAAUAUGCAGUGGUGGAUGCUACUGGUGCAGUGAAGCCUCAGUGCUGUGUUGAUAUUGUGAUUCGUCACAGAGACGUUCGGGCUUCUUACUAUGGUGUCAUAGAUAAAUUCCGUCUGCAAGUGUCUGAGCAGAGCCAGAGGAAAGCAUUAGGGAAAAAGGAGAUUAUUGCUACUCUGCUUCCAUCUGCAAAGGAACAACAACAACAAAAGGAAGAGGAGGAAAAACGAAUAAAAGAACACCUGGCUGAAAGUGUCUUUUUUGAGCAGACUUUGUGUCAACCAGAAAACAGAACUGCCUCGUCGGGACCUAGUUUACUCACAGUCUUCCUUGGAGUGGUGUGUGUCGCAGCACUAAUGCUACCUACAUUGGGGGAAAUGGAAUCCCUGGUGCCUCUCUACCUCCACUUAAGUGUGAAUCAGAAGUUAGUAGCUGCUUAUGUUUUAGGUCUCAUCACCAUGGUUAUUUUGAGAACAUGAGCAAUGAGUUCAUAGGAUGUCAAACACCUUACUGUAUAUUCACAUCAUGAAUGUGGACUGCCUUUUACUCCCAUUUGGCUCAUUAAGAUGCUAGCAAAACUGUUCAGUGAUUUAAGAUACCUUCAGAAGUGUAAUAUAUUUUAACUGUGUAUAAUAAAUGAAAGACUCAAAGCACUUUGCGGUGCUUCUGUAACAGACAGCUAUGAAAUGUUCAGUGAUACCUGUGAAAAUAAUUUGAAAAACUUUUAUAUCUAUGCCUACUGUAAAAAAUCCUUAUUAAAACAACAUUUGUUAUUUUUAGUCUAUGUUCACAUCAGUGCGUGAUCACUAUAAAAGCAAACUGUCUCCUGUAAAAACACUCAUUUGGUUUGUGGUUGUACCUGCUGAGGCUGGCACAUAACAUUUCUGUGUAUACAUACCAGAGGGGUGAGAGUUGUGACUGAUCAUUGAAGAAAAUGAAAAAUUCCAUCAGUGGGACUGUGAAAUAAACCAUGAAUUUUAGGUGAAGAAGUAACUCUCAAAUUUCUUACUUCAUCAUUACCAAUGUAUCAUCGAGUGCUCAUUUUCUUACCUGGGAAAAUAAUUUCUUGCAACAGCCAUUUUGUACCACAAUUAUUAGACAAUAAAAACAAGUUUCUGUAAUCAGAUCCCUUCAUUUAUUAGGGAUGCAUGGAAGUGGCAUUAACAGAAGCUGAGCUUGUAUUAAUAAAAAAAUCACCAUUUUUUCUAUUUUAGAGACCAAACUAAGUGAAAUAGCAAAGACAUUUCUCUACAUCCCUCCUCCCACAGCUACCACAGUGACUUCUAUCAGAAACUCCUGCUUAAAUGCCAGUUUCAUAUUUAAGGUGAACAUUAAUCUUGUUUCAUACAACAAGUAUUUCCCUUCAUUUGACAUUUCAUUGUCGAGAUGUUAAUUCUAAAAGGGCAGCUAUUACUGCGUUGGAUUCAUACAGACAAAUCUUUGUUUGUAAGAAGUCUAUAGAGUAUGCUCUGUUAUGAAUAAUAAAGUUUGGAAAUCAAACCUUUCCCCCUGCAUGUUAUGGGUUGCUUUUCUUCUUACACAUGGAGAUACAAAGAAACUGCAAAAAUUUGUUUCUUAAAAAAAGAGGAACAGAAGUUGAAAAAUGUUAACCACUACAUUUUUUUCUUAUAUACCUGCUACUUCAAUUUGAUUCUCAGAAGAACUGGGAUUGUGUCAUCUAUCGAUCAGCAUCAGAUGAUAAAGUCAAACAUUAACACUAGAAAAAAACACUAAAGAAAAAAAACCACAAAAGGUUCCCAGCUGCUUUAGAAGGCUGUGUGCCAGGGCCUGCUGCAGGCACAGCACCUCCCUCCAACACAGAGCCUGU